ACCUGCAACCUCACUGACGACCGCGGCACUCUCUCGUUGACCUUGACUGCACGCCAGCCCGUUUGCUGCCCCCGACGCCGAUAAAGCUCAAGCGAUGUAUGCGUUUGCGGAUACGGCACAACAGAACCUCUUGUGCCGUUGACCACCGCCUCGUUCGCCGCCUCGUUCGCCGCCAACGCACCAAGCUUCGACCACCGCUGCCAGCUUUCUCGGUCCGCGCCCUACGCGCACCGCCUGCCGUCCGACUGCUUCACAGGUCGCUCGUCCGCUGUUCUCGCCCAAAUAAACACCCCCGGCACGCUUGGGUGCUGCGCUGGUCGCGGUUGCGGUCGCUUGAAAGGUCACGCCGACGUGCGAUCUGAUCCCACCAUCCAAAGCUCACCACGCACCGCCUCUCGCGACCAUGUUCCGCCGCCAGAGCUCGUAUGCGGCGGUGGCCUCUGGCAAUGCAGGCAGCAGCCCCUCAAACCCCGUUCCUGCUCGCUCGGGCGCCUUCUCGCACCUCGCCAACAGUGGUUCGCACCCGCACUCCAUCACCCACCCCCGCCACUCGCGCUCCUUCGAUGCCGACGGCCACCACAACAGCAUGUCUACUUCUCUGGGGCGCAGCGUAUUACCAUCAUACCCGGGUCAGUUCGGCUACCUGAAUGGCUACGGAGGAGCGCAAGAUGGAGCAACAUCCGCCUUCUUUGUGCCGUCGUAUCUCCGCGGGUCGAAGCAUGCAGAGAAGCUGGAGGAGGUGCACAAGGCGAGGAUCGCAGCCCAGCGAGAAUACCGGUCAACCCACUCGUCGAAUGCCGGAUCAUUAUCAACCAGCUCGAGCAGCGCCAACCUCCACAAGAUGGCGCCCUCGCACCGCGGCCUGUCCCACGACAUCAUAGAACGAGCGCCUAUUGUCGUCGAAGAGCCUGUCGCUCCGUGGCCGACAAGAUGGAGCGAAACGGAGAAGUUUCCGCAGAUGGAGGUGGACGACAACGGGAGACAGGCCAAGUUCGCAGGCGCACAGAAAGGGCCCGAUGAAGCAGCCUCAGUGCGCGCAGACUACCCCAUGCCCCGGCAGUGUGGCAUAUAUUACUACGAGGUCACCGUGGUGUCCAAGGGCAAGGACGGCAGAAUGAUUGGCGUCGGCUUCUCGGGCCCCAAGGUUCCUCUCAACAGGAUACCGGGCUGGGAGCCGGAUUCGUACGCAUACCACGGCGACGACGGGCAGUGCUUCAGCAACACAACCUCGGGAAAGACAUAUGGUCCCAAGUUUGGCACACUGGACGUGAUAGGAUGUGGCAUAAACUUUAGGACGGGUACAGCCUUCUUUACGAAGAAUGGCCAUUUCUUGGGGAACGCUUUCCGAGACCUAAAGCCCAAUAUGCCAUACUACCCCACCGUUGGGAUGAAGAAGCCCGGCGAGACAUUGCGCGCGAACUUCGGCCAGGAACCCUUCGCCUUUGACAUUGACAAGAUGGUGCAGGCGGAGAAGGCAUCGAUACAGUCCGAGAUUACGCGAGGUACGGGCCCGUGCAAGGAGAAGGUGUCGACAGACGAGACGCAGUUCAUACACACCUUGGUUGGGCAAUAUCUUGCACAUGAUGGAUAUGUAGAGACAGCAAGAGCGUUCGCGGAAGAAGUGAUUGAAGAAGUAAAGGCGGUGCUGAAUGACGAGAACGCGGAAAUUCCGUACCAGGAGACGGUGGAGGAUCUGGAUGCCAUAAAUCGGCAGAAAAUCCGCGCAGCCAUCCUCGACGGCGACAUCGAUAAAGCCCUCAAACAUACGACCGCAUACUACCCCUCCGUCCUCCGCGACAACGAGAACAUAUACUUCAAGCUCCGGUGCCGGAAAUUCAUCGAAAUGAUACGGAAAUGCAACGAGCUCAACGCACAAUGCCACCCCAUCCCGACUCCGCCCUCAAAACGCUCCACCACCUCCACCCUGAACAACCGAAACUCCACCGCCACCGACGAUUACGACUUCGAAAUGGAGCUGGACGAGCAGCUGGGCAUGCACAAUGGCGCUCCGCAUUGGAAUCAUCCAGAGCAUAUGGACGAUGAAGAUGAGCUGGAGGAUAAAGAAGCGAAGCUGGCGCAGUUGACGCAGGACACAAUACAGUACGGCAUGGAGCUCAAGUCAGAGUUCGCGACUGAUCCACGGAGAGAGGUCAAGAGGGCAUUGGAGGAUACGUUUGCGUUGAUUGCGUAUGAGAAUGUGAGGGAGAGCGCGCUGGCGCCGCUGCUAGAGACGGCAGGUCGGGUGCCAGUCGCGGAGGAGUUGAACAGUGCGAUAUUAGUGAGUCUCGGCAAGUCAAGUAGCGCGGCGCUCGAGCGGUUAGUGCAGCAGACGGAGGCGCUGGUGAACGAGCUCGCAGGUGAUGGCGGCCCCGGGGCGUUUAUCAACGUGCGGAGGGACUUUUUGCAGUAAUGCGAGAUGCUGCGCGAGAAUCUGGGAAGCGAGUCGGGGUUGUUUUUGCAGAGCGUGGAAGCUGGACCGGCAGCAAGCUCCCUCCAUAUGGCAAAGGAGAGUAGUAUCUAUUCUUUCAAGCACAGGAGAGGAGAUACUGGACGUGCAUGUACGGUUCGCCCGCUGUCACUAAGACCCGGGCUUGCAUCAGGUUUUCUCUCUCCUCUAGGCGCUACGGAUGGAGUUUCUACACUCGAUAGGCAGGCUAUCUGAUGCUUCUUUUGGAUGAAUACGGGAUGGGCAGCGGCGUUGCGGGUACGAUGAUAGUGUAGCGCUGUUACCUAGGUACCUGGUCGCGUAGAUGGUUCGAUUGAAUACCAACCUUACUCUACUUAC